AAAGACAAGCAUGCGCAGUACCAACAACUUAGAUUUAGACCACUUCCUGCUCCGAAAAGCUUACAUUUAUCGCGAUAGAUCCAAUUUCGUACGUGGAGACGACGGCCUUGUCUUGGAAUGAAACACAAUCGCUUUAUCUAUCAAGAGUGAAAUACAUAUUCGUCUGCCACUUUCGGAAAAUAUCAGAUCGAUGGGCUUUCUCUGAAACUGUAGCUAUAAUGGUCCAUGACAGGAGUGAGUAAGCUCAUGAGGAUGAGAAGAGCACAGGUGCAGCAGCAGCGUUCAGGGCUGUGAGCUCAGUGACUCUCUCUGUGGGCUCAGGAUGGCGCAGGGAGGCCCUCAGUUAGACUAUCACAUCCUGCAGGACCUCAAGCAGCGCUUCCCCGAGAUCCCAGAGGGAGUAGUGUCCCAGUGCCUUCUGCAGAACAACAAUAACCUGGAUAUAUGCUGUCACCUGCUGGCUCAGGAGAGUAACAGAUACCUCUAUGGGGAGUACCAAAGUCCGGAGGAGGCCCGCCUGAGCCGGAACCACAUGCUGCACAUCCAGCUAGGGGGCUACCCCCCCUCGGAGGCGGGCAAGGACAACGGAGGCGGGCGCUCCCUGGUGCACAGCUCCAGUGACGGUUACAUCGAGCCCCAGCGCGUCGGCUUCAUGGAGCCCCUCUCGGCCCCCGCCACCAUAGCCCCCUCGCUGGGGUACAACCCCUUCUUCAUGAAUGACCACGGGGGGCGCACGGCCAGCACCCCCACUCCGCCUCCCGUGCAGGGAAUGUCCCCUACCUACUCGCCUGUUCCUCGCUAUACCAUGAACCCUAUCACUGUCACUCUGUCCCAGAACCUGCCCAAUGCCCCCCAGGCCCUGCAGAUCCCCGCCGGUCACUAUGGCAACAGUGGCGGUAAUGCCCUCUACAUCCGGCCCUCCCCCUCCCAGAGCCCGCAGCCCUCCCCCUGGCCCUCGUCCGGGCAGCCUGUGUAUCAGCCCUCGCCCUACACCACUCCCACCUACCAGUCCCCGUAUAGCUCGCCCCAGCACCAACCCCAACAGCAGGUGCAGCCCCAACAGCAGGUGCAGCCCCAACAGCAGGUGCAGCCCCAACAGCAGGUGCAGCCCCAACAGCAGGUGCAGCCCCAGCUGCAGCACCAGCAGCAGGUGCAGCACCAGCAGCAGGUGCAGCACCAGCAGCAGGUGCAGCACCAACAUCAGCACCAGCAGACCCAUGUCUUCCUGCCCAUCAGCCCUCCCACCUUGGCCAGCAUGCCCUACCACCACCAGCAGCAGCAGCAGCCCAUCUACCGGCCGUACCUACCCAAGAGCUCCCUGAAGAACCAGAUUGAGAUCACCCUGGAGGGCCCGCGGCCCCGCAGCAACUCCCCCGUGCACUGCCCCCCGGGACAGACUCUCUACAUGGCUACCAGCCCCUCGCCCAGCUCACCCCAGCGGGGCCUCAGCCUGAGCGGGGGGGGCUCUGCCACCUUCCACCCCGGGGUAUACCUGCACCAGUGCCCCGCGCGGCCCCGGCCCACUUCCUCACCCCAGCCAGGCAGCCAGGCGGGCUACACCUUUAAGAUCAAAGUGUCCCCAGGCCAGGCCCAGCAGCAGAGGCCGCUCUCAGGUUCCCCUCCAGUGGCCUCCUCUCCUGAAUCUCUGCUCAACAUGGUGGACCAGGGGGAGCAUCACGCGCUGGCCCCGGCACCCAUCCUGCCCAUCUCAGCCCUGCCCGGUAACAUCGUCAGCCACAUCGCCAACCGCAUGCCGCGCCGCUCCAGCUCGGGCUCCGACGACUACGCUUACACCCAGGCACUCCUGCUGCACCAGAGGGCCCGGAUGGAGCGUCUGCUGAAGGAGCUGCUGAUGGAGAGGCAGAAGCUGGAGCAGCUGAAGGCAGACGUCAACGACAUGGAAUACGACGCCCUCCAGAGACGCUUCAGGCGAGUCAACAGCACCAGCCUCAUCCCCCGGCCUGAAGAGAUGACCCGGUUGCGGAGUCUGAACAGACAGCUACAGAUUGAUAUCAACUGUACCCUGAAGGAGACUGAUCUUCUGCAGUCUCUAGGGAAGUUUGAUCCGCAAGCCGAGAACAACUUUUAUAAGAACAUUCAGACCGGUCCGGUGGUACCGCCCAAGCCAGGAAGAAAAGAGGGAGAGCAGAACCCCAAGCCUGCUGUCGUGGGGCCCCAGAGGGACGAGGACUUUGAGGGAGCCCAGUGGAGCUGUGAAGAAUGCACCUUUCUCAACCACCCUGCACUCAACCGCUGUGAACAGUGCGAAAUGCCGCGCUACACCUGAACCGUUCCGGACAGUAGUCCCCCCCCCCUCCUCCUUACUUCCUUUUCCUGUAAACUCCUCUGCCCAUGUUCUUGUGUAAUGACCCUCCUUCCCUGUCAAUCUAUAUAUAAGCCCCUCCCACCUGUUGAGGAAGAGCCACCCCCUCACCCCCCACUCCUUUUGUCUCAUUAGAGGAACUCACCCAUGCACUUUGACCCUUCACCCAUUGGUGAAAAACAUUUUCCCAGGAUGAGGACAGCAGGAGACUAUUCCCAUGGCAACCCAAAAGGGAGGGACUAGCUGUAUGGACAGUAGCAGUGGCUACAGAACAGCCAAUGAAGCGUUUUUAGAAUACGGAGGAGGCGGCGUGGUUUAUCCGGUGAACAUUCCGUUGCAGAAUGAAUGAGAUUGUCCUGUUUACACGACUGAGCCCAUUCCCAAACCCUACCGACGGGCGGACGUUCUUUCCCUUACAAAAUGACCAGGGCUGCACUCUCUGGCAGUGGGACAAUGCAAUUGCAUAAAGAAAGGGUCUGAUGAACUAAUCCUAAUGUAGAUUAUACACUGUAUCAGCUCUGUACCAAGAGCUCCUUCUUUCAUCGAAUGAAGAACACUAAAGAGGCUUGCAUAUGAAUAUAUUCCUGGUACUUUUAUGCAUAUUAUGCCCACACUGUAUUCCAUGUUUAAAAAAAAGAUUUCCCCGUGCAAAUGCCUCAAGUUACUGUACUUAAUAAAGGAGCUGAUUCUAUGUGA